ACCAUGCUGAACGUGCUGCUGCUGUGCUGUGGGCUGCUGCAGGGGAUCCAAGCUGUCCUGGAUCUCAGGACUGCUGACCUCAGCUGUAGCCACCUGCAGAAGGCGAGUGGUGGGCUGGAGCGGGUGGACAGAGCCCGCCACACCAGCCUGCAGCGGAAAGUCAAGGAGGUGUCUGCAGAACCGGCAGGAGCUCUCCCAAGGCUGGGGCUUGAGCAGAUGGCCCUGGCGGUCCAAGAAGCUGAUGGUGACCUUGUGCAGAGAAGCAGCCUGCUGGAACCACAGGCAUCAUCCACAGAACUGCAGGCUGAGGGCCGUGAGGAGCGCUCCCCCCGCCGCUGUGUCCGUCUCCUGGAGUCCUGCCUCGGCCAGCAGAUCCCCUGCUGUGACCCCUGUGCCACCUGCUACUGCCGCUUCUUCAACGCCUUUUGCUACUGCAGGAAAAUCAGCACCAACAUCCCCUGCGGCAAGAACUAG